AUGCCCAUGCGGACACCUUUUCACAGGGCGAUGAAUAUAAUACUUGACGGCAUCACAUUUGAGGUGACUGUGGAGCAGGUGGCAAUGCUGACGCAGCUACUGAACACGCUAAUGCGACAGUUCCCUCUGCGUGAUGCGAGACUUUUGCGGGAGAUUGAAAUCGCGAAGACACGGGCGGCGUACUCCACAGACCACAUCAUGCCGCAGUCGGCGCACCCGCGGCGUAAAACCAUCAGAAUACUUCCCACGGAGGAUGACAUUUUGCCGUUUUCUCGUGUCCGGAGUGAAGGCUGUACGAGAAGGAAGGGAUCUGCUACGCUCAAUAAGAUCACGGAUGCGCGGUUGGCACUGGAGCGAUUUCUUGCCCGCGACGGUCCCAUUUUAAAGGUGCCCUUUUCAGAGUCGAUUCCUGAAUUGAUGGCCGUGGAUUUCAACAAAUACCUUGAGGCUUUUGAAGCGGCAGCGGACGAGGCGAAGGACCACGCUGUUGUCACGAUCCUUGCGUCGCUGGAGUGUGUCGCGGGGUGUGUGCGUGUUGGCCCCGAUGGCUACUUGGAACUGCAGCUUCCGCGCGGGGUGCAACUUGCCUCCUCGACCCUCAACGACCUGAACUCCAACAGUCGUGUGAGUGCUGCUGUGCGGGACAUCGCAUUGCGUGGGUUCUGUCGACUCAGCGCGCAUGAGGAAUCGAAACUCAGUGAGGACUUUGUGGAGGUGUUUCACGUGGAAACGUCGCUGCGCAUGCGUAACUGCACGGCGUAUCCCUUCGAACAAGGACUUGAGCGCCAUUUGGAGAAGCAGCGGCGGUUUUUGGACGAGAACGACAUGGACCGUCUUUUUAACUUUUGUCCUUCUUUUGCAACAGAGACCCCACUGGAGACGAGUACUGCCAAGGAGCCAGAAACGGGCGUAAGUGGCACACAACCGGUGCAUGCAAACGGCGCCGGGGAGGAAGAUACACAUGAGGAGGAAGAGGAGCGCCUGCGAGGGAGCGCACGUCGAGCGACGAUUUCCUUUUUAGAUGGUCUUUUAUCCUUUCGAGAGAAAUUUAAAAGCCCGUCGGCGGCAAAUACUCUGUCUACGUGCUCUACGCGUUCUGCGGAGGUGAAUUUGCAAAGGGAUUCUCCAACUGACAACAAUAACAACACCUCUCAACGGUAUGCGACGUGUCUCUCUGCAACAAGCGAUAAGGACUUGGAAGACGACGAGUUUGAAGAGAUGGAGUGCACUGGGAGUGAUCGCACUUCGAUUCUCGCAAACGACGCCUUUGCCGCUGCGAAUGCCGGUGGUGAUGCGGCUCCGACGCCUUCUUUGAUGAGGGAUGUCGGAUUGGCAAAUGAUUUUAUGUUGCGUCCCUUGGAAUCUUUCACAUCGUUUCUGCGGCCGUUUUUUCUGCACUCGCGGGCUGACGACGAGGUGACGUCGCUGAACUAUAAUGCGGCGGCACGGCAAGCAAGGGGCGGUAUCCGCGAUUUCACGUGCUUUCACGCGCCGCUUCCAUCGACGACGUUUUUUGCGUCCAUGAGUCCCCAUCGAGCACCAAAAUUCUGCAUGGCGCAGGCAAUGUUGAGCCUUGCCCUCGGCGGUGACAACGACGAGGAUUCCGACGCGUGGGCUCUACGACAAACCGACAACCGCAAGCGCUCACGGGAGGGGGCCACGUCGAAGCAUCUGCACGUGGAGGCGGUGGCACCGAUCACAGUGCUUUUGACGAGACCAUUCUUGGAGAAACUGUCUUUUGAGGCCGAGGCACGGUUCUUCACGCAGGUGCACUACUACCAAUCCCUCAUGGCCGCACCAAUUUCGAGGCCCUCGUUCUCGCAGGGAAACUUAAGGGCGUGGGGGAACAGCGAAUUAGACGAUUACGGGAGUCAAACAGGGGCACAAAUACAACAGACGCGUGUGAUUCCUCGAAAGGAGCUUAGCAGGAAUCGCGCGCACCAAAAGCGAUGGCUGUCAGAAGUAAAGAUUACAAGCGUCAUUUUUCCUUGCAUUGAGGUGAAGGCAUUAACGGAUCUUCCGGUUCCUCGAGAAUAUGUAGCGCCUGGCGACAAGGCCAAUGGAGUGUACGCAACGACUCUGGGUGUGCGGUCUUUUCAGUUUGUCAUGCAGCAAACUCUGCCACCAGCACAUGCCGCAAUGCCGGUCGAGAAGCGCGCUUUGUCUGCUUCCGUCACGCUUUCCUCACUUGCUGUCAUCACACAGAUUGAGUAUGAGCCCGCGGUGCGUAGUGGAAACUUGCAAAUAAAAGUUCCCGGCAUUGCAUACGAUGAAGAGAAGGACACACUGGCUGUGGCAUACCUCACAUCUCUGUGCGGGCGUGGAAAGCGUGACAAUCAUCAAGGUAUAGGGAGCGGGACGUGCCGUCUCUCUGUGGAUACGGUUGCCCUGCAUCUCACACGCGACUUUUUCUUUUUUGCUCAUUCAGUCCAUUCGAUGCUGCAGCAGCUUCAGAACAUGCGACAGGCCCAGCAAAGAGAAAAUGUCCCUCUUACCCCCGUACCUGUUCCCAUCCUGCUUCCCCACAAACGUACAGAAAGCUUCCGUGACAUUGUAUUUCCCAAACAAUCUCCGAAUAUGAAUGUUCCAUUUGCCUCACUGGAGCACUUUGGCAUUGAGGCGAGUAUCACCGUUCAGGGAGUUGGAAAUAUAAACUUAUUCCGCGUUGAACUUAUUGACGUUUUCCGCGAAGGACGUUACAUACACGUUAACACGGAGUUGUCUAACGUCAUUGAGGUGAAGCGUCCCUCGGCGAAAUUCAUUGCGAGGGUUCCGUUGAAGUGGAAGGGUGAUGGUGCCUUGUCGAACACGGGCAUGAUAAGCUCCAUACUUCCGACUGCAUCAAGAAUGAUGGGUGCAUCUUUGCCAAGUUCUGAAUUGCGGUCUGAACCUACCUUAGAGCGGGGAAGACGCGAUCUGGAGGUGCAGCUCCUCGGGGAAAUUGAAGAAUUGUUGGUCAAAUGUUAUCCGUCAGCACUGCGCAUUUUCGCUGCGGCAAAGAAGAGGGUGACAGUGGUAUCGAUUGUGGCGGAGAGCGACAUAGAGUCGCCUAAUCGAUAUUUCACACGGUCAAGGGGACGGUUACCCUCUCUUGAUAUGAAACCGCCUGGUAGCGGUGUGGGUGUUGUGAUUAAAGGUAUCUUCACGUUGCGCCAGCUUGACGCUUAUUUCUUACAUUCGGAGUUAAACUAUAUGCAGUUCAAGGUGGUCAACCUCACUGGGUGUGUCGGGUCCCGAGCGGAGCGUAUCAGCUCGCGAGAGUGCGUUCAGACUCACGUCUUCACGGAGGCGAUUUCUGAGUGGAUACGAAAGCGACUGCACGUUUUGGCGCAGAGGGCGCGUUCACGUGCUCCUAAGAGCCGCUGCGCGGCCCCACCAUCCGUGACGCCAGAGUUGCAUCUGAGGAAAACGGCUUCCUUCUUUGCCGAAUCUAUAUUGUUGCAGUAUGUUGCCGAUGCAAUUGUGCCGCCGGGCACCUCGAGGGCCGCUAUGCGAGCUCCCGUGGAGUCGAUGCAGGAGCAUAAGGAGUCACGCGUCUUUGUUGCGACCGCAAAGGAAUUGGCAGUGGGCGUUCAUAAUGCGGACCAAAAUCAUAUUCCCACCAACGAUGGUGACUCAAAGGCAGCUUCUGACAAGAAACCCGGGGCUACGCCUGAGGGAGUGCAGAUGAACUUGCAGAUUGACGUUGGAAAGGUCUAUUUCCUUUUGCCAUAUCGUCCUCUAGCCACUGAGACCGUGCAGGCCCAAGUGCAUGAAUGGUUACAAGGGUGGAUAGAGGCAAAGAAGCUUCUCAAGUCCAUGCGCCACUUCAACCGCGAGAAAGCUAGUGAUAGCUGUCUUUCUUUGACGUUGCCCAACCAGAAGAAGAUUCAUGCGUCGUGUUGUGCAGUCCAGUUGCAUGAAGUGUGGGUCAAAGUGGAUUUGCCGCAUGGCAUACACGCGGCGCUGAGGAUUCCACUCGCAUCUGCAUUUUUUAACUUCUCCUCUGAUAAGAGGUUGAAUUUUAAGGCCCACCUACAUCCAUUUACAUUGACAUCUGAAAGUCCUUCGGCGGGGAGGCAUGCGGUGAAGUUUCCAAGCGUGUAUGCCAUUUAUGCCAAGGACGAGCUGGUGCGAACCGGCAUGUGCUUAUUGGAGUCGGUUGAGAUAACUGUGUCUUCGACCAUCAUUAGUCAUUUGAUUUUGAUUUUGGACAGGAUUGCAGACGUGUACACGGCCGUCUCGAAGCCGUUUUUUGUUGGUAGGGAGGAGGAAGGCGAGAAGGAACGUGUCCAGCAGCCGGUGACGAACACUUCAUUUGCACUAUCGUCAGGAUGGGAAGGUCGUUUUGUGUUUCUUCUGGGCGGUCUCCGUGUGUCGUACCUCACCUCCAUGACGAACCUGCGCUUCUCUGUGCGGAAGCUCAAUGCUCUGAUGGAAAUGUCAUUUUUGGGAAGGUACCGAAUGUCAAAAUUGAUGGUGAACGUCGUCAGUGCGCAGAUUGCUCUUGUGGAUCGUGACGAUUACGAUCAACUGCAGUCCACGCUACGACAAGCAAUGUUUGCGACUCAGAGCGAGUUAUCCGCACCUAGCACAUUGGUGGCAGCGACGCCUAAUUGCGCUGCUUCGUUGACCUCGGAGGAAUCGGCGCGGCUGGUGCGCCCACUUGGCGGUUUCAUUUGGGGCCUUUUUGAAACGUCCUUUACACUCUCCAGCGGGCGAAGCGACAAAAAUGACGUACGGGCAGCUCUUGAGAACAUCUUCGCGGCAUCGCGAGGGAUUCCUGUUGGUUUGCAUGAACUUGGAAAGCUUGGCAUCACCGCCACACGAUGGAAUCUGUCGAUCAGGUCGCCGCUUAUUAUUGCCCGUGUCGGGCUGGCUCCGCUUCUGCGGCGGUCCUUUGAUGAGACAAGAGACCUUGCAGAGAAGAUGCGGUUUGAGUCGCAGCGAGAGGGUCGUUUAUUACGUCGUCAGCUUUUCAAACAUGCAGCCUACCGCCGGUUGACACGCGUAAGGAAGCAGGUGGACGCGCAGGUGGAACUAACACAACGGGAAAAUAUAAAGCGUCUAAAGGAACUGACGGCGCAGGUGUUGCCGCAAGGCACCUCCGCGUUUCAUAAACGUCCCUGCUACGCAUCACCGUCAAGGAUAGCAACUGAAGCAGAUGAAAAGGAAGAUUUCUUUAACGCAAGGUCCGAUAACAAGUUCUUUGCCACAGUGUCGAAUUUCCUUGUAGUUGUGCCAUUUGGUGAUGCGGCAUACCGCAACAUCAUUGAAGGAGAUCAUGAUGUGUUUAUUUCUGGGCGUGGCGCAUUGGCACUGAAUCGCAGGCGUUUUAUUCCCACCAUGGCGCUGAAGCUGAAGGUUGAAAAGUCGACCUUCGCGUGCCGCCUCAUUCAUUCACAGAGGUGGGCUCCUGUGAUUCAGCCGAGAGGGUCAACUGAGAGUUUUGGUGGCUUCAUUGAUGCGGCAGAACUGGACGCCACAUCCAAAUUGACGUUUACGGCGCGAUACGUGAUGGACGAUGCGCAAUUUUAUUUCACUGAUGGUUCACCGCUGGAAAGUGACAUUUCGGCAAAAGAUCUGCUUAGCUGCACACACGUUCUUGGUGGACUUGGAACUCUCACCAGCCUGAGCCGUGAGGAAUGCCGCAACUCCUUUUCAAAGGUAUUUGUUAAUUCUAUUGACGUUCCGCUGCAUGUAAAUAAGAGUGGAAGCACAGUAAAAGUUGGUGCUGUUAUGGAUAUGAGCGCACCCCAGAUUUCGAUCUCAACACGCUUUGUGAGCAUCCUUAGCCAGUUCACAAAAGAAAUGCCGUCCGCAUCGCUCUCUGACAUUUUUAAACCUCGUCAAUUGUCGAAAGCAAGUCAUGAUGGGGCCGCCACGUUGCCAUAUUCCGCAUUCCGACGGCUUUCUGAGGAUGUAACGGCAGCAGGGAGAACUUCUCGAAAGGAACGGCAUGCCGAUCCAUUUACUUCUCACAAUGUGCCAAACGCGGCCAAUAAAAGCCCCAAUUCUUACCAAUUUGACGUGACGAUGCGGGUUGAGCGUGGUGAGGUGAAGGUUUACUCCAUUCAGAGAGAUGCCGCUGUUGGCUCUCCCAGUGUCCCGCAGGCCUCUGACGCCGCAACAAGUAAGAUGGGCCGUUCGCACCGAAGGCGGGUGAGGCUCAACCCCGAGACGUUGGAGAAGAACACCGCGAGUUCCGGUGCUGCCGAUGCUGCCACUGUGGUGUACCCCAUGGCGGAGCUGCUUGCCUUUCCAACACCGGAUAUCACCACGAUGGUGUUGGCAACUGUUUGUGACUCCACGAGUGGUGAUCAUGAAUUAAUUGUCCGCGUCGAGCUGCGGGCAAGUACGGUUGAAAUUUUGCCCUCUAUCAUGUCGCUUGCAGAGGAAAUUGAAGAGUGGGCGACGGUGCAUGACCGCGGCAACAGUGAGCGCGUGACGAAAUUACUUGGCCUCGUAAAGGGAUGGGAGAGGGAUAUCACCAGCAACGACCUUGCUCUACACUCUUCUAUAGCCGAUGUGGCGUUGCCGGUGCCCAGUGCCUUCGCCGAGGCGGUGGCGCAGUCCAGAGCAACGUCAAGCGGUUUAAUCGCACUGCGGCGACAGAAACAGAAUCGCGGAGACUGCCCGAAUUCUACGCAACCUAGAUUUCAGCACUCAUCUGACGCGGGAUUCUCAGGUCAUGAUAGCAGAGGAAAGAAUACAUUUACGAGCAUUCACAUCCGCAUCACAGGACUACGCUUUGUGCUGAUGACAGAGCCCGCCUCGACGGUAACCCUCUCACUUUUUUUGGACGAGCGGGGUGGCAGUCUGGACUUCUUCGUGCAGCGGUUUUUGGGACAGCCACUGGGGCCUUUUCAAUGCACGAAUGCAUUUGUGCCGGGGCCGCUUUUAUUCACAAUUUGUGCUCGAAAGAUGCAGCUGGAAUGCCAAGCGAAGCUGGAAGUGAAGUCAUUUGAGAUGUUUUUGCCAGAGGCAGUGACGUGUGUCGCGUUGCGACGCCGAAAGCACGUGUGGGAACUUACAAACGUGUACAUUCAUACACCGUCUGAUGUCUCGGGAGGUGUUGAUUUGGAGGUUAGGGUGCGAGCACCGCAUUUGUCGCAGCUUUUCAUUGUGCAGGAGCUUUGGCACAAGGCGCUGCUUGAGUCGCUGCAGAGCAUUCGUCAGAUGUUUACUCGCAGUGCAAGCAUCAUUAAAGAAAAUGUACGGAAGAGUGCCGUUAUUUGCCGUGGUCUAGAAGCGAUGCGUAAGGGCCAGGUGGAGGAGGUGCUGGUCGUUGUCGUCACGGCAUCUCACAUUAAGUUGCGACUUGACCUCAGCUCUGGUAACGCGCAACAGGCAACCGUGGGUGGCGUUAGUCUCAUUCUGCUGAGGACUCGAUCUCCCGCGCGUGUGUGUUACAAGACGUGCUUUGAUUUGGCGGUACGGUCUUUUAUACUGCGUUCUGAGGGUGUUCUUUCCGGUGUGGCCAACCUUGAGAGCGUGCUUAUUAAAGCAUUCCUCAUUGAAAAUGCAGAUAACGCGAGGAAUUUGGUGUGUUCACCGACAGGACGCACUUUCCGCGAGUUGUUGUGCGUGCAGAAACUACACGCGAUGUUUAAGGAGCGGCAGUUGAAGGAUGUGUUUGAGUGCCAGGCAACAGAGAUCUCCCUUGGUUGCAUGGACGGAGUGGGUGAGGAGGAACGCAGGACAGUGGAGGCGGAGUUGUCGCUGUAUAGAAGCAGUGUGUUUGUGACACCAAGUACAGUGCCGGCGGUUCUCAGCACCAUUAGCAACGUGGGUGAGGUUGUGUCGACGCAAAGGGAGGUGUCAGUAUUGCGAUUGCGGGAUGGUGGCAUAAAAACGUCUCACACCUCGUUCAAAAAGAAGGUGAAGGAAGUUUUAUUUGACAUUGAGCGGUUAUUAGAGCAAAGGAAAUGGUUGGUUGGCGAUGAACGACCCCUGCCCCUGUUAGGCAUGGAAAUCCCGUACGGCGUGGAGAACAGUAACACCAGCAACAGCAGCCUCAGCUUCAGCCUUAGCGUCAGCAGCAAGGAGAAUGGCAGCACUGACAAACCCAGCGUUGCCAGUGACGAGGCGGAGAAAAGUCUUAUUAUCCCCUUUAUGGGAAACCUGCUCACACGCAUUCCGUGUGGCAAACUCACCAUGAAGCUGGAGCAGACAACUUUGCUGCUUGGUACCGCCUCGGCUGGGGCAACCAAUUCUGGGAGCCUCAUUGCGAGCUUCCCCAAGGCGAGGCUGUCCUUUGCGGAGUGCCCCGGUGACGGAAACACGACGGUAAAGAAGGUGCUUGAGAUCAAUACGGAGAACGUAGAACUCUUUCGUCCUGGCGCCGUCAAAGUAGUCAUUCUCGGGUUUCGUGGCACCAACAAUUUUGAGUUCUACUCCCGGCAGGGGAUUGGGGAUGCUGAGGUUGGCUUCAUGUUGACGCUGCUCCAGUCCAACCCGUGGACGGGCAACCCGCGCUUUCAGGACUUUCAGGAGUUGAUUCAACUCGUGUGCUCCUUCACCGCGAAGGGUAACGCGGAGAUGUUUCAUCGGUUUGGCAGGAUUGACCAGGAGCGCCCUGGGGACUCAUCGGACACAAAGUCAUCCUCUAAUGCUAAAUCCAGUGGAGAUGCCACUGCUGCAGCAGCCGGUGCCGUUUUUGCUCCCACCGCGGAGGAGACGGUGCAGCAGAACGCCGAGAAACGGUCCAGGGAUGAUCGAUACCUGAAGGCUCUUCGACAUGUAAAAUUUUCUCCACAACUACGCUUUGGUGGUGAUGUGGCGGUGAAUGUGGAUGUGAUUCUUAAUUGGGUUGGCGUAUCGGAGAAGAUGUUGCCACAAAUUUUACACAUGCAGGCAUGCGAUCGACUGGAGGGUCUUUUAAAUCGUCUUUCUAAAAGAACGAAAAUUAUAAAUAAAUAA